GCCCGCUGCCGGUCGCCGCCCGCCCCCGUCAUGCCCGGCCCGGCCGCCGGGAGCCGGUCCCGCGUCUACGCCGAAGUCAACAGCUUGAGGAGUCGCGAGUACUGGGACUACGAGGCGCACGUCCCCACCUGGGGUAAUCAAGACGAUUAUCAACUGGUUCGGAAACUCGGCUGGGGGAAAUAUAGUGAAGUCUUUGAGGCUAUAAACAUCACCAACAACGAACGAGUGGUUGUGAAAAUUCUUAAGCCAGUGAAGGAAAAGAAGAUAAAACGAGAAGUUAAGAUUCUGGAGAACCUGCGAGGUGGAACAAACAUCAUUAAACUGAUCGACACUGUCAAGGAUCCAGUGUCAAAGACUCCAGCUCUAGUGUUUGAAUACAUCAAUAAUACAGAUUUCAAGCAACUGUAUCAGAUCCUGACAGACUUUGAUAUUCGGUUUUAUAUGUAUGAAUUGCUCAAGGCCUUGGAUUACUGUCACAGCAUGGGAAUCAUGCACAGAGAUGUCAAACCUCAUAACGUCAUGAUAGACCACCAACAGAAAAAGUUGCGGCUCAUAGACUGGGGCUUGGCAGAAUUCUACCAUCCAGCUCAGGAAUACAACGUCCGUGCGGCCUCGAGGUACUUCAAAGGGCCAGAGCUCCUCGUUGACUACCAAAUGUACGAUUAUAGCUUAGACAUGUGGAGCUUAGGCUGUAUGCUGGCCAGCAUGAUCUUCCGAAAAGAACCUUUCUUCCAUGGUCAAGACAACUAUGACCAGUUGGUUCGCAUUGCAAAGGUUCUGGGUACAGAUGAAUUAUAUGGUUAUAAUCUCCAGCAUUGA